CCUUGUUGACUUUUUCUUUUUGUAGGGAGAACAGGCCGACCAGCUAUUGAUGUUACCAGAGAACAGAUAGAAUUUCUGCUGGCGCAAGGCAAUACAAUUGCAAAAACUGCUGAAAUACUUGGGUGUUCCUCAUCAUUUCUGUACAAGAAGUCAAAGUUGAUGGGUAUACCUGUCAGAAGUAUGCGGCCUGCAAUAGAUGAUGGUGGACUAGAACAACAUGUGAGGCAACUUCAGGGCCAAUAUCCUAAUUCUGGAAAUGAGAUUAUUCGAGCCCUGUUGCGCACACGGGGUGUCUUUGUUACACGGUCCAGAGUGCGUGAGAUGUUGACACGGGUGAAUCCAACUGCUGCUGCAAGGAGAUGGAGCCGGACAGUUGCAAGACGUGUUUAUCAUGUACCUUACCCCAACAGUUUGUGGCACAUUGAUGGGAACAUGCGUCUGAUAAGAUGGGGCUUUGUCACUCAUGGUGCAAUUGAUGGAUACUCCCGUCUGAUUACUUACCUCAGCUGCAGCACAGACAAUCGUUCCACAACAGUGCUUUCUCAGUUUUUGAAAGCAACCUGCCUCUACGCCCUACCAUCAAGAGUUAGAUCUGACCAUGGUGGUGAAAACAUCCUUGUGGCUUUAUUCAUGCAUCUAGUUCAAGGACUUGAACACAGAGGUUUCAUAACCGGACGAUCAGUUCACAAUCAGAGAAUUGAACGCCUUUGGCGUGAUGUAUUUUUGCAUGUGUUGCAGCACUUUUACCAUAUGUUCUACUCCUUAGAGGAUUCAGAGGUUCUAAACCCAGAUAAUGAUGUCCACAGACUAUCACUGCAUAUUGUUUAUCUUCCGGAGAUCCAGAAAAGACUGGAGCAGUUUAGACAGGCCUGGAACCUCCAUCCGUUGAGAACAGAAAAUAAUCGCACACCAACUCAACUCUGGACAGAGGGCAUGCUCAGAAAUAUUGCCACAGACAGCACAGCUGUCAACAAUGUGUUUGGGGAAAAUCCCUACAGCGACCAAAACAUUGAGGCCAUCCUAGCGCAGUACGGAAUUCAAACACUGCCUACACUUGACGAGGAAGAGUUCCCAGCUGCAAGGGUGCCCAAGAGGCUGGCAUCAUGCAUGGUCAUACGUCUUCAAAACAAACGGAACAAAUGUGUAUUAUUGCAAACGCUUGAUCUAAAGUGA